AUGGAGAGUCAAAUCAUAAACAAGAAGAAACGAGUGUUUUCGGUUGAACCAAACAAGAUACCCCCUAGUGGAGUUUUCACGAGAAAAUACACAAGCCACUUAGUUCCUGCACUCAAGAAGCUCAACAUGAACAAGAACUCUUCACAAAUCAACCAACUAACCGUGAAGCAUGAAGUAGACAUGGCUUUGGCUUUGUCUGCUCAAGAAUUUGCAUGGAGCCGUUUCUUGCUACAGAAGCUAUCAUCCUCAGACAAUCCAACCACUACUACCAGUUCUUCGUCCAAAGGAAUUUGUAUUCAAGAAAAAUCCGGUAAAGAAGGUGGGGAUGAAGAUGGAGAGAUAGAGGAGAAACUGAAGGAAUUGCAGAAGCUUUUGCCAGGUGGUGAAGAGAUGAAUGUGGAAGACAUGCUGAGUGAGAUUGGCAAUUACAUUAAGUGUCUUGAGUUGCAAACGAUUGCUCUUAAGUCGAUUGUUCAAGAUACUACUUGACUUUUAAUUUUAGCUUGUAAUUUUAGUUUGUUUUUGAGUUUGUGCUUUAACUAAACUCAUCUAUCUAUGUUUUAUUAUCUCUUGUUUCUAUAAGAACGAGAGCAUAUGUAUUAUAGCGUGGCUUUAUC